AUGGCACCCAAACGGGGAGAAUCGAUCGAGAAGACGGAUGAGCAUGAGGACUUUGUGAAGAAGUUGGCCGAGUACCAUGAGAAGAGAGGCACCACCCUUGAGACGGAGCCAAAAGUCGGCGUGCGACACAUCGACCUUUUCAAGCUAUACACCCGCGUGGUAGACGAAGGCGGAUAUGAUCUCUGCUCGGAUACAAAAGCCAAGCCAUUGAUGUGGCGGCGCUUUGCCGAGGAGUUUGUGGGCAAGAACGUAUAUACUGCCGCGCAAGCCUUCCAGAUCAAGAACGUCUACUACAAAAACUUGGUCGCAUACGAGAUCACGAAGCAUUGGCAGAAAGAGCCGCCACCGAAAGAGAUCUUGGAGGAGGUGACGGCGAAAGGUGGAAAUGUCAUGACGAGGACGGUGGAGAACUUCGCCAAGCCCGUGAGCAAGGAAGAGGUGAAUCUGGGGAAUAAGGAGGAAGAGGAGAGUCCUGAACAGCAGAAGACACCCAAGAUUGAAACGACUGAAGGUGCGGACGACCCGGGUAGCGCGACAGGUAGGACGACGCGAUUACGGCAGGCGCCACCCCAGCGCGUCCUCUUCCAACCCGACCUUACCUCUGGCCGACAGGUGAGGGGAGGGCAGAACACGACCACCUCACCCACGCCCGGCCUGAAUGGAUUUCCACCGGGUAAUAUGUCGCUCGCCGCCUCAUCCACACUCGCCUCAUACGAACCAGCCCAGUCAUAUCCCCUCUCACUCAAGCCAGUCACGACCCCUGCCAACAAUCCCGAACACUACCGCCAAGCUGCCAAGCGGAAAGCUGAGACGAUGAACGGACCAGCCCCGAAGAAGUAUCGGAAUAUCAUGCUCCCGGGGACUGGGUUUAUCGGGCCCAAUAUUUACUUGCGAGCGCAGUAUGCUUUGCAAAGUGGUAUCGAGAGUGAAGAGACUUAUGCUCUCCAUCAUCUUGUCAAGAUUAGUCAUGAGCGAGGGGACAAGUAUCGCUUUGAUCAGUUUCCUGGGCUGGCUGAGGCGUUGGUGAAGAAGUGUGUUAGUGUGGCUGGACUGUUCUAUGAUGUUGAGUGGGAGGUGUGCUAUGAGGACGAGAUGAUGGAUCAGGACGAAGAGACGCUGGAUGGCCUACGUGGGACGAGCGAUAUUGUGCAGCGACUGAACAAUAUGACACUAAAAGUGACGGAAGAUGGCAUGCUGGACCCUGCAUUUUCAUCUCAACUCAAUCGUGUCAUGGAGGCUGCGCUGGUCAUCCGGAACAUGGUCUUGCAGCACGAGAAUGCCAAGUACAUGGUUAGCAUCCCGACAGUCCGCGACUACCUGACAGUAGCGCUCAACCUACCCCAACAUCCAGCCAUCGUCGAGCUACAGCACUACGCCCUGGACACCGCAGAGCAACUCCUAGUCUGGUGCGAUCUCGGCCCAAAAGACGGCCUCUACCAAGCUCUCGUCGCCCAACUCUACGGUCAAGACCGCGGCGCCAUCACCUCCGCCCUCCGCACCAUCGCCCGCAUCGCCAUGAACCUCCCGGGACCCAAACGCCUCGACGAAGUCCCCGACGCCAUCCUCCGAAAAGUACAAGCCUGGCUCCUAGUCGAAGACGAAGAGCUCAAAACCGCCUGCCUCGAUUUUUUAUUCCAAUAUACCUCUUUCGCCAACAACGUCGCUACCCUCCUCUCCACCCUCGACGCUCCAGCCUUAACCCACCACCUCAGCCGCCUCCUCUUAUAUGGCGUCCAAGAGAAACGCGACCCCAAACCCGAAAGAAAAACAGACGACUGCCCCGCAUCUUCAGACAACCCGAACAAGACCCACCCUAUCCCCCGCCUCUCCCGCUCCGUCGUCCUCGACCUCCUCCAACUAGACGAACCCGACCGCUCCUCCGAAUGGCUCCGCAUGUUGUUCCUCGCCUCCCCCACCUCGGAUAUGACCCAGAUCUCCCUCUGGCAAGCCUACCAGUCCACCUUCGCGCCCCACAGCGCCACACACCCGCAUCUUGUGGCCGGGGAGUUCAUCAAGAAUGUUUCUGCUACUUUUGUGGGGGCUACGGCGCAGGUUGCGCUGGGGAAUAAGUAUGUUAUUAAGGGGAUUUGUGCGCGGAAGGAGCCGGUUGAGGCGGGCGGGUUGGUGGGGUGUGGUAAGGAGAGGAAGGGGAGGGGGUUGGGGAGGUGUCGGUGGGGUGUUAGGGAGGCUGUGAUGGGACAGCAGAUGCAGGGGGCUGGGGUUAGGAUGGUGGAGUGUGGCGAGUUUUUUCGCGAGGGUGAGGCGAUGGGCGUGCAUGUGCUGGAGGAGCAUUUGGGAAUUCCCGUUAAAGCCGAUGCGAGCAAUGGCGGUGAGAUGGAUAUCGAUUCCCAUGGUACCACGACGAACGGGACGGGACCACCGAAGACUGCUGCAGCGACGACUAAAUUCGACUUUGCCAAUGCCCCGCUAUCGAUGGAUUAUACCUGCCGCUGGGCCACCUGUCACCAUCACCCCCUCUCACCCCCCUCCACCUUCUCCACCUCCUCCUCCUCCUCUCUCGGCUCCUCCAACGCGAGCACCACCGCCCUAAAAACCUCACUCUUCGCCCGACACAUCUUCACCCACCUCCCGGAUUCGGAUUCCAGGCACGGGAAAAAUAACAUCUCCCUAUCUCCUGAUGCGACUGUGGGGGAGAGGUCUGCUACUGGGGGGAAAGUGGGGAGGGUGAGGUAUGAGGGGCUUGUGGACGAGAAGGGUGAUGCUUUUGGGGUUCCGUUGGGGGCGGUGCUUGUGCUGAGGAAUUUGGCCAAGUUUCUGCCGGGCGAUUCUGCCGCCUCUUCGUCCUCUGGUACUACGAAUUUCGCUGCUUCUUCUGCGGGUGCUGAGUUGGGGCUGGAGGGCAGGGAUGGGGGGGGGGCUGUGUCUGCGGCUACCGCUGGUGCGAACGGAUGUGGACAUACGGAUCAAAAGAACGGGAGUGGGAGUUUGAUGGACCGUGUCUUCGACCAUGAGGUGGUGGAAGGUCUGAUGACGGGUCUUACAAAGGGUGGCAAGGGGUUGGCGCCUUAUGUGGGAGGGGUGCUGGGGUUCGUGAGGAGACGGGCGGAAUGA